CUCGACUACUCCAGAAUGAUUUCCACUCUGUUUGUCUUAGCUCUCCUGAGAACCACCUUGGCCUUUGGGGUAUGUGUGAUGUGAUUCUGGUGCAUUUCUCUCAUUAAACUAACUGAUGUCUAUAGAAGUGACUUGUUUAUUCGCCUUGUUCUCAGCCUGUAGGCCUGUGGAGUGAGAGGAACGGGACGGAGGAUGGAGGGGGGAAGUGCUCCUGUGAGGCCUUCCUGCCUGGCUCUACCUUCCCAGUGGGAGAGCUGGUCCUCCUGGAAGAGACAGCUGUGCAGAUCAACCACAAGCUGGAGAUGGAAAUGAACAAGGUACACCAGUAUGGAGUCACAUAGAUGGUUACAAUAGCCUAUCACUCUCUGACGCACUAUAUACCAUACAUCCUAUCAUCAAAUCCAAUUUUAUUUGUCACAUGCGCUGAAUACAACAGGUAGACCUUACCGUGAAAUGCUUACUUAUGAGCCCUUUCCCAACAAUGCAUAGUUAAAAAGUAAGAAACAUUUGCAAAAAAGGAAAUGGUAACACAAUAAAAUAACAAUAACGAGAUUAUAUACAAGGAGUACCAUCAUACAAAUAUAGCUAAGCUAUAAAGAUUCUACAAUAAGCAAUAGUUCUGAUGACCUACUAUUUUCUUAACAGUAGUUCAGUUUGCCUAUUAUAAUGUGGCUUAAGGUAAUUUGCAUAUAAAAUAUCCCUCCCCUCCAGUUUGAGACAUAUGAGAGCAAGCUGACAGUGUAUGCAGAGAGGAUAGUGAACCUGACAGUGCUGGUGGAGAUGAUGGAGAAGAACCCUGAUGCGUACAGUGAGGCCUACAUGCAGGAUGUGAAGGUGCAGAUCAAACAGGUGGAGGCUCUGGUACAGGAGCUCCUGGGCUCCGUACAGACCUCCACUACCGUCUUUGAGUCUCUGCACCAGCAGGUAACUACCCAAGAACUGUACCUAACAACUCAUCUGGCCACGAUACAGCUAUAAACAAUGACCAUGUCUACUUCAGACAUGUAUCUUUUGUAGUACUUAAACUUCUGGUCUUAUGGAUGUUUAUCUGUGUACCCUCAGAUCUCCUCCAUGGUGGUGGUCGUGACCAAGCUGGAGAGAUACGAUAAGAACCUGGUGUUGGUGACCCGUCGUGAGUACAUCAACAUACAGAUCAAACUGGAGGAGUGUGAGAGGCGCCACAAUGAGAUCUUCAACCCCAACAUCGGUAAGUCUAAGACUACUUUUAUGGUGAUACACAUCCGCCUCAUGCCAAAACAUCUGUAGACCAUUGCAUCUUUGAUGUCACUGACUUCACCCUCUUUUCUCAGGGUCCUGUGAGCACGGAGGUAUAACCAGAGUCAGCAAGCCCAUCGUCAAUCAACUGAAUGCCCACUUGAAUGCUGGGUACAAAUGGGGAGGCUGGGGGAAAGAUUCUAAGCCUGUGCAUGGUUCUGAAUCUCAAUACUGGUACUCUGGGUAUAGUGGUGCCUCAAUUGUUGACAUUAGAUUUUACAGUAGCUACAAAAAUCUUAUUUUGAGAACUCCAUUUAAACACCAAAGCUUGACAAGUAGCUGGUAUGGAACUGGUAACAAUUUCAUUGUACGUGAUAACACCCUGUAUUAUCAAUUGAACAACCCAUUUAGCAUGGCCAAACUGAAUUUUACUACAAUGAAAUAUGAGUACAGGGUGAUUGCAAAGGCUAGCACCAGAUUCUCGUACGGUCACUCACCCAAUCAGAACCUAGACUUCGCUGCUGAUGAGAAUGGGCUGUGGGUGACCUAUGCCACAGAGGAAUCCAAGGGUAAAAUGGUAAUUGCUAAAAUCCAUGAGCCAUCAUUUGGUAUAGAGGAGUUGUGGGAAACCAGUGUGUACAAACCAUCUGUGAGCAAUGCUUUCAUGGUGUGUGGGGUUUUCUAUGCUGUCAGAACAGUUGACAUUCACUAUGAGGAGAUAUUUUAUACUUAUGACACCAAGACAAAACAAGAGAGCUACAUUACUAUUCCAUUUGAGCGGUUCCAGGACAAGUAUGUCAACCUGGACUACAACCCCACUGAUCAGAAACUCUACAUGUACAAUGAUGGCUACUAUGUUAACUAUCAUCUUUGGUUUGACAACCAGGCCACUGUAAACACAACACAUCCCUUGGUCAGAUAAAAGGCCUAUUGUGGCAUCUCUCAUAUUGAAACGCGUUAUACUCAAAUCAGAUUUCAUCUCUUUUGUAGUUGCUCUGAUUAUGUAGAGUACCCUGUUUCAUGCUCAACUUGUUGAUUUUAAAUAAAUCUCUGAUGAAUCAUUAUCUUUGUGUUCAAGUGUUUACUUUUGAUAUUACAUCUGAAAUAAUACUGUCUUCAUUAUAUUCAAGUAUUAUGAUUCCUUCAGUCUUCAGUCUAAAUCAACAUCUGUAUAAUGAGGUGUAUAUUGGACAGAGUGAGCCAAAUGCAGGUCAGUUGUGGCUAAUAAGCAUGAUACAGUGUAUUUCAUAUAAAAUACUUUAAAUGUGUCCCUUAUGCUGAUAACCUAUUGGGUGCCAAACAUGAAGUCAGAUGCCAAUACAUUGUCUGGCUCUAGACUGUCUUGUUCAUCUUCAUGCAGGCCUACUGUAGGUAUUAGGCAGUCUCACUCACCAACAUCACAGAGGGGUUUUGUCGUACUGUUUCAGGGGAUAAUCUCUCUCAAUAUGCAGCACAUUGUUAGGAAUUAAUUAACAAUAACACCCUUCAUUUCUGAGUAUACUUAGUCUGCUCAUUAUUGAUAUCUAACCAUAUAGAAAAUAAAACUUGUACAAUAUGAUGUGAAAUGGGAAGGCUACUGCAAAGUCUUGAAAGAACAACAUUUGUCUUUGUUCCUUGUCUUAUCUAAAAAAUACUAUGGUAAAACCAUGUUGAACAUAGACCCAAUCCUCUUUUGGCCUCUUUGGCCAUUUAUUUUGUUAGCAAUACAGUAUGGAUUGAAACUAUGGAAAGUGGCUUGGGUGUUAACUAUUUAAAUGUGGUUCAUGUACAGGGGCUGGAUUCAGUCUGUAUCGCCGAAGCAUUGCGGAUGAUCCGCAUUCCGAUUGAGCCGACAUAUGCAGCGUUUACCGUGAAUGCAUUCUCUGCGACAGCAGAAACAUUGCCUUUAUUAAUUGUCAAUCACAUUAUAACGCGGAUCUUCAGCCCCUAUACUUCUUACCAACAUAACAAUCUAAUGUCCCAUGUGAAGAAAUAAAGUAGCAUAAUACUUGUGAAUUGUGUGCUGGAACUUGCUAGGCUAUAGAAUUGGAAUAAGGAUGAAAAAACGUUAUUAUACUAUGCUUAUCUCAACAUGUACAGUCGUGGUCAAAUGUUUUGAGAAUGACACAAAUAUUAAUUUUCACAAAGUCUGCUGCCUCAGUUUUUAUGAUGGCAAUUUGCGUAUACUCCAGAAUGUUAUGAAGAGUGAUCAGAUUAAUUGCAAUUAAUUGCAAAGUCCCUCUUUGCCAUGAAAAUGAACUUAAUCCCCAAAAACAUUUCCACUGCAUUUCAGCCCUGCCACAAAAGGACCAGCUGACAUCAUGUCAGUGAUUCUCUCGUUAACACAGGUGAGAGUGUUGACGAGGACAAGGAUGGAGAUCACUCUGUCAUGCUGAUAGAGUUAGAAUAACAGACUGGAAGCUUUAAAAGGAGGGUGGUGCUUGAAAUCAUUGUUCUUCCUCUGUUAACCAUGGUUACCUGCAAGGAAACGUGUGCCGUCAUCAUUGCUUGGCACAAAAAGGGCUUCACAGGCAAGGAUAUUGCUGCUAGUAAGAUUGCACCUAAAUCAACCAUUUAUCGGAUCAUCAAGAACUUCAAGGAGAGAAGUUCAAUUGUUGUGAAGAAGGCUUCAGGGCUCCCAAGAAAGUCCAGCAAGCGCCAGGACCGUCUCCUAAAGUUGAUUCAGCUGCGGGAUCGGGGCACCACCAGUGCAGAGCUUGCUCAGGAAUGGCAGCAGGCAGGUGUGAGUGCAACUGCACGCACAGUGAGGCGAAGACUUUUGGAGGAUGGCCUGGUGUCAAGAAGGGCAGCGAGGAAGCCACUUCUCUCCAGGAAAAACAUCAGGGACAGACUGAUAUUCUGCAAAAGGUACAGGGAUUGGACUGCUGAGGACUGGGGUAAAGUCAUUUUCUCUGAUGAAUCCCCUUUGUUGUUUGGGGCAUCCGGAAAAAAGCUUGUCCGGAGAAGACAAGGUGAGCGCUACCAUCCGUCCUGUGUCAUGCCAACAGUAAAGCAUCCUGAGACCAUUCAUGUGUGGGGUUGCUUCUCAGCCAAGGGAGUGGGCUCACUCACAAUUUUGCCUAAGAACACAGCCAUGAAUAAAGAAUGGUACCAACACAUCCUCCGAGAGCAACUUCUCCCAACCAUCCAAGAACAGUUUGGUGACGACCAAUGCCUUUUCCAGCAUGAUGGAGCACCUUGCCAUAAGGCAAAAGUGAUAACUAAGUGGCUCGGGGAACAAAACAUCGACAUUUUGGGUCCAUGGUCAGGAAACUCCCCAGACCUUAAUCCCAUUGAGAACUUGUGGUUGAUCCUCAAGAGGCGGGUGGACAAACAAAACCCCACAAAUUCUGACAAACUCCAAGCAUUGAUUAUGCAAGAAUGGGCUCCCAUCAGUCAGGAUGUGGCCCAGAAGUUAAUUGACAGCAUGCCAGGGCGGAUUGCAGAGGUCUUGAAAAAGAAGGGUCAACACUGCAAAUAUUGACUCUUUGCAUAAACUUAAUGUAAUUGUCAAUAAAAGCCUUUGACACUUAUGGAAUGCUUGUAAUUAUACUUCAGUAUACCAUAGUAACAUCUGACAAAAAUAUCUAAAAAUACUGAAGCAGCAAACUUUGUGAAGACCAAUACUUGUGUCAUUCUCAAAACCUUUGACCACAACUGUAAUAUCCUGCCACGUUGUUGAUGACUGAUAGUAAGAUCCUGUUAUGUAGUUGAUAAUGUCAGGUGCCAUCUACAGUAUGCCGUCAAUAACAUGUCUUCAUAACUGAAAAACUGUCCAUAUGGCCAGUUUCUCAUGCACUCCAUGUCCACAUCAUUGUGAUCAAUAAAAUGAUGAGACAGAUUUCACAUAAUUGUACUUGAGUAUUUUAUUACAAGCAAACAAGGAUGUCUGCAUAUAAUGUCACAAGAAUUGAAGGUCUCUUAUGCAACAGCAGUAAUUAUGGGAAGAAGCAAGAUGUUUCUGAUAAGCUGAUAGGAGGGUCUUUAAAAACCUAGAACAGAAAGACAAGGAGCCACAUCAGAACAACACUGGAUACAAGAUGGUUCCAUUUCUUAUGUUCCUGCCUCUCAUUUGCCCUGCAGUGGCUUGGCUGGUAAGGGACUCUCAUUUUCUCCUUCCACUAAAACUUGACAGCUAGAGACACUUCCAAAAAGAGUGCUAGUUUACUACUUGUGUGAGCUACCACUGUGAAGUUCAGUCUGAACUUGUAUUUUCCCCCAGCCAAUGGAGGACUGGGACUCUGGCAAUGUGACUGCAUCUGUAGGUGAGUCGGGGCAAUGCCUUUGUCAUGUGUUUCUACCUGACACCACCUUCCCUGCCGACCGUGUUGAACACAUGCAGCAAGUCACCAAGGAUCUAAUGCUGGAAGUGGGAAUCCAGAUAAAUAAGGUACUAUUGUAUUGUAAUGAACACCAUGAGGUGUGAACCCCUUGAACAGGAUUGAAUCCAUAUUGCAUUUACACACCAGGUUUUAGAGUGAUGUUAACAGUAGCCUACUCCAGUAUAUGGAACAAGUCUUGUAAACCUUGGAGGAGAUGCAUGUGUAUAUUUAACUGAGACCUCAUUCACAGUAUACCCUACUAGAUAUCUUACACCGAGACUACUACCUGUGUCUCUCUUGCAGCUGGACAGUUACAAGGGCAGGCUUGUGAUCUUUUUGGCUGAGUUAAGCAACCUGACUAUCCGAGUGGAGAUUGUGGAGAGCGGCCCUGAGAAGUACAUCCGACUGGAUUUCGAGCUUCUCAGGAUCGAGCUGAGAGAGUUCGAAUUGUUGGUGACACAGCUGAAGGAUUCCCUCAACUCCUCCUCACCUAUGUUCGACAGCCUGUACACUGAGGUAAAUGGGUGAUAGGUAGACAGAUAUAGCAGAAUGACUAUUAAUGACUGGCAGUGGCAUGAUAAUUAAGUGACAGGUAAUAUCAUGCGGAAGCAAGAGGAAUGUUGCUGUAUGGAACAAAUGACCUAUUUGUCCUUUGUACACAUGCAUCCAUAGAUUCGCAACAUGAGCCUGAUUGUAAACCAGCUGGAGAGCUAUGACAAGAGUAACCUGGAGGUGAUCCGUAUUGAGUUUGGAAAACUGCAGAAGAAGCUGGAGGAGUGCCAGAAGAACCAAGAGGAGGGCAUAAACCCAGAUAUUGGUAAGGAGCCUCUGUGAUAGUAGCAUUGUUAACAUAUUGUAUCAUUAGAUCAAAAGCAGUAGUUUGUGGAUUUGUUUGUCUUAUAUAUUAUUAAUAGCUAUUUAUGUUUUCCCCCAGGCUCCUGCAACCAUAAAGGCAUUGCCAGUGUAGGGAAGCCAGUGGUCAGCCAACUGAAUGCGAACUUGAAUGCGGGCUACAGAUUUGGGGGGUGGGGGAAAGACUCAAAACCCAAUCGUGGCUUCGAAUCAAUGUAUUGGUACGGUGCCUAUAGCAGUGCCUCAGUGCAUGACUUUUAUCUUUACUCCGACUAUCAAAAUCUGGUUUUAAGGAAUUCAUUUAAACGACAUAACUUGCCAGAUGGAUGGCAGGGUACCGGCAACAAUUACAUUGUUCAUGGUAACACCCUGUAUUAUCAGAAAAACAGCCCAUUCAGCAUGGCUAAACUGAAUAUGACCACAUCCAAAUAUGACUACAGAGUAAUUGAAAAGGCCAGUGCAACAUUCUCAUACAGUUACUCAGCCAAUCAGAACAUGGACUUCUCAGGCGAUGAGAAUGGGCUAUGGGUAACCUAUGCCACCGCUGAAUCCAAGGGUAAAAUGGUCAUUGCCAAAGUAAACGAGGUUGAAUUUGGUAUAGAGGAGCUGUGGAAUACCAAUGUAUACAAAGCAUUGGUAGGCAAUGCCUUCAUGGUGUGUGGUGUUCUCUAUGCUACCAGACCAAUAGAUGUUCACACAGAGGAGAUCUUCUACUCUUAUGACACCAAAACAGAGCAGGAGAACUACCUCAGCAUUCCAUUUGAGAAGUUCCAGGAUGAAUAUAUAAACCUGCACUACAACCCUAUUGAUCAGAAACUCUACAUGUACAACAAGGGCUACUAUGUGUCUUAUAGUGUCAAGUUUAACAAAGACUAGAGCCUCCCUCUGGUCUAUUGUAUCGUGACUGAUGCGACUGAUAUGACGCUCUGACAGCAUGGGGCAUUGACUGAAUAAAUACUCAUUACAUUGUCUGAUGUAUUGACUUGCAUUCAAAACUCAUGUCCCUUGAAUUUCUGAAAUAAAAUGAAACUGAAGC